CCUGUUGUAUGCCUCAGCCUGGAGAAUCAGUUGGCCAUCCUCAUUGUCACACGCUGAAGCUUUUGACAGCGAAAUUCAGCGACCCAAGUAUCCUACCUUAACGGUAACUCAAAAAUUGCAACGUGCGUGGCAGGCUGUCGUGACGCAGGGCCUUGCCGAGUUUGAUGCAAAUCAAUCGGGUUGUUGCUGUGCACUCGCUCGACGCUGCCCCAGCACGCAGCCAACCAGAGCUCGGUUCACCCAAUUCGUACAAACUCCCUUUCCCUCUGCCGUUCCCGCACUUCUCCCGCCCGCAACCCUCUUUCCCCAAAAGUCUGGACAGCUGCACCACCGAGUGCCCACCGGCAGAGCACAGGAACUAUGGACGAUCGAUCGACAGCCUCAAAAACCGCCGUCGCAUCGCCUUCGCCGUCCAGUGCCCACGACAUCAAAUCGCCUACUUCCCGCCCUCUGUACAGCAGCAAGCUUGGCGACCAGCGAGCGAAGGGUCCGGAGGCCACAGCUUCGCCCCCGACUGCGAGACAGGCUGCUGUCCAGCAGAAGGCGUGGACUUCAAACAGAAACCCCAUUACCGGCCGACCGCAAACUCCCCAGAACAAGCCAUCUGUGACGAGCUCCUUCCGCGAGGGCCAGAGAGUUCGCAUUGCUCUCGCCUCUGGUGCUGAAUUCGAAGGCAUCUAUAGCAACGGGCCCGACCCUUCCAGCUGCCGUCUGAGCAUGGUGCAGCAGAAGAAGCUCCCGAGCUCGACAGAAAUCGCAAACGGUGCGACCAGAAGAGAACAGCCCACUAUGAGCUUUCAACGGAGCGAGAUUGCGGACGCCCGCGUUAUCUCCAGCAACAUCAAAAACGAUGUCAGGGCCCCGAACGGUAACCGGCCCACCUUCCGGACAGAUGCUGCGAUAUCCAAUUCGAGACUCGGCAACGAAAGGACCUUGAAGGCCUGGGUGCCCGAUGCCGGUUACGAGGUCGACGGGUCCCUGGAAAAAUCCUCCGCCGGCGGCGGCGCGUGGGAUCAGUUUGCUGAGAACGAGCGACUGUUCGGUUUGAAGACCGACUACGACGAAAACAUCUACACCACGGCCAUCAAUAAGAGCCACCCGCAGUAUAAGGAACGGCUGGCGGUUGCGGAGAGGAAGGCGCGUGAGAUUGAGCGCAGUGCUCCCACCACCGCACAUGUCGCCGAGGAGCGUAUUAUGGACUUUGUGGGUGGAGACGACCAGAGAGACGAGGAAGACAAGUACAGCGGCGUGCGUCGACAGGAUUUCCCGCCUUUGACGGGCCGGGAAAACAAGUAUACCCCUCCGGCUCGCCGCGCGCCCACGGGCCAGGCUUCUGUUAAGGGCGUUCCGGUCGAUCCCGCCAUUAUUUCGUCACAGCUCAAGACCACCCCCGCCCCGAAGCAGCCGACUCCGAAGCCCGCGGAGGCCAAGAGCCCAAGCACAACAGAGAAAACCGUUACGCCUGUUGCCGAGAAACCCGCAGAGCCCAAGCCGAGCGCAGGCGCGGCUGAAGUGAAGCCGACCGAGACCAAAGCAGAUGCCUCUUCGGGCAGUAAGACGGCUGAUGCCAAAGAUGCGAGCGGCGUUCGGCCGCCAGCCACCACCAAGCAUGCAGCAACGCAAGGCAAGGUCGGCCCUGUCCCAAGCGCAGCCUCCACUGUUGAACGGGACGUGCUGGUUUCGUUCAGGACCUUCGCGUCUACCCAGAGGUUCAUGGCCGAGAAAGUCAGGACCUCCAAGGCCAAGGUCGAUAAGGAGGUCAAGUUGACCGAGCUGAAGAAGUUCGCAGAGAACUUCAAGCUCUUCACCCCUGUCCCACAGGACCUGAUUCCCAUCAUAGCGAAAGACCCUGUCAAGCAAAAGCAAAUUCAGGAAAAGGCAGAUCGAAACAUACAAGAGUUGGCGAAGCAGAAAGAGGCGGCUGCGAAGGAGAAGGACGCUGCUGUGGCAAAGGAGACACAAGCCAAGACCAGCGCCGAGCAGUCUGGCGCGUCUACACCGGCCGGAACGGCUGACGUGCGGGGCAGUUCUCGCCCUGCUGGGCCGCAGCACACGGGCUCGGCAACGGGCAUCCCCGGCCGCCAUCCCGGCGCCCGCUCCUCGUACAACCCUCAGUCUCAUUACCAGUACAACAGAAACAACCGCCCGCCGCCACAUCUCGCCCCUCAAAACCCGCCAACUGGCAACCUGGCACAGAGGCUGCGGAAUGUGGAGCAGCAGAAGCUGCAGCAUCCUCAUCUUGCCCAGCACCCUCCUCCGGAUAUGCGCCUUCCUCCCACCGGCCCCGCAAACAGUAUCGACCCGAGCUUUGGCCGCCGGAUCAGCGCCGUUCCCCCGUCUUACAUGGGUCCUAAGCUAAACCCCAACAGCCACGAGUUUAGACCCAACGCAUUUGCACAGCCCUUCAACCCUGCCAUCCCUAGCCAGGGCUCUUCUCCUCGCUCCUCGGUGAACAACAUUGCCGAGACCCCUGUGCCCCCGCCCCCCGUCAAAGGCCAGCUCAUCCGGCGCAAGACGAGAGCGGUGGACGUCAAGAAGUGCUUCAUCCUGUCACACAUUGAGAGCAUUCAACCUCCGCCGGGCCGCAAUUGGGACGACAAUGACGGUCUCAAGCCGUCCUUCGAUACCCUGCCGACUUGGCGGCAGCUCCAAGAAGAGACUGAGGCGCCAGACUCCACCAUGCACCUUACGUACAAGGAGUAUUUCGAGCGCCUGCCGCUGUCCAGCGCCGCCGUGGCCACGCCCAACCCGUCCCACGUCAUGCCCCAGGUGGCGCACCAGCAUCAGCUUCCCUUUCACCUUCAACACGGCGCGCAGAGCCUGGCACCCCGCCAGUCGCCUCAUAUCCCGCCGAUGCAGAUGCACGCUGGCCAGCACGGGCACGUGCCCCACGUGCCCUUUACCGGCCCGGACGAUCAUAGGAUGAUGCACUCCAACUCGGCACAGUCUUUCGCUUCUCCUAGAAUGGGACCGGUACCGAUGGCGUAUCCUCCGGCGGUCAAUGCUCCGGUGCAGAUGCCGUACGGUCAGCCGGUGAUGCAGCCGUACAUGAAUGCCGCCCCUCAGAUGGGCCAGUUCCGCAGUUUCUCGCACAACCCGCAGUUCAUACCGCAACAACCCCACCACAUGGCGGCGCCCAUGAUGGUUCAGCAGGGGUUCCUUCCCGGCCCAAAUGGCAUGGUGGCCGCAGGGCCAAUUUACCCCGCCGCCCAACCGCACUUCAUACCCGCCGGCGGCGUACCCCCGCAGCCGGUGCCUGGGUCCAACGGGUUCCCCAGUCCCGGCCGACCCGCGGCGCCGAUGAUGGUGCAUCAGGGCUCGCACCAGGGCACACACCAGGGACAGCAAGCCGUGUAUGGCAUGAGCCCAGGCAUGCCGUACCAACAGCCGGCCUACACGCCACAGCAACCCCAGGGCAAGUUUUCGGGCCAGAGGCCCCAGUGAGCAAACGCUUGCUGCCAAACACACAUAACCUGCAUAGAUUGUGUUGCGGUACCUGCCCUGCCUGCCUGUCCACUCUGUUGUCCGCCGGCCGGCCAUCUGAACCGUGCUGUUGGGGUUAUCUCACUCGUUUUCGAGCCCGAUGAUGACACAAUGAUGG